GUUUUCAUCCAGAAAGGAAUCAAGAUCCGCGAUUUGGUGUACUCUAAUGCCCCACACGUGUCCCACUGCUCCAUUCUCCACCGUUCGAUCUUCUCCUUCUCCGUCGGUGCCUCCGUCCACAUGCUUUUCGGCGCCCCUUAUUCCUCGCCAUUUCCUCGCUAAGGGCUUUCCCGUCAUUUCGCCUGCCGAUCACGAGCGAAGACUAACGUGCGCUCCUCCCUCUCCCCGCUAAAAUGCGCUCCUUCUUCUCCACUAUAUGAACUCACCUCCAUCCAUGGCUUCUCUCCAUCUCCAUCCUCAUCUCCAUUGAGCUUUGAACAUCGAGAUUGUACUCCAAACUCUCUAAUGGCAGCUUGGAUCGACCCUAGCAUCGACAUGGACAAGCUGAGCUAUGAGAUCUUCUCCAUUCUCGAGACCAAGUUCCUCUUCGGCUACGACGACGCCAAGCUGCUUUCGAUCGCCAGAAGCCCUCCAGAAACUCCGACGAAGAUCAACGAGGACGACCAAGGCAAGGUGCGGAUCCUCUCGAUAGACGGCUGCGGCGACUCCGAUGGCCUCCUCGCUGCCGCCGCCCUAGCCCAGCUUGAAUCCUCUCUCCGCCGCUGCUCCGGCGACCCCUCCGCCCGCAUCGUCGAUUUCUUCGACAUCGCCGCCGGAUCAGGCACCGGCGGCGUCCUCGCUGCCAUUCUCUUCUCCAACCCCAACCUCUCCGCCGCCGAUGCCCUCGAGCUCCUCGCCAAGCACCACAAGAAGAUCGCCAGCCUCUCCUCGAAGAAGAGCGGCUUCAGAGCGAUGAUCACCGGCUGUGGGAGUGGAAUAUUCCGGCGAAUCUUCGGAGAUUCCACGAUGAAGGAGGCGGCGAAGCCGCUGCUGAUCCCAUGCUACGAUCUGGAAACGGGGGCGAGCUUCAUGUUCUCUAGGGCGGACGCUGUCGAGAUGGACGGCUACGAUUUCAUGAUGCGAGACGCGUGCGAAGCUACAUGCGCGGGAAAUCGAUCGGUCAGGAUCACAUCUAUGGAUGGGCGCACAAAGAUCGCAGCCGUUGGUGCCGGCGCCGCUGGGAUGGGAAACCCUGCAGCGGCGGCGAUCACGCACGUGCUGAAUAACAAGCAGGAGUUCCCACGUGCCAACGGGUUCGAGGACCUUCUCGUGCUUUCCAUCGGUGUUGGCAAUGGCGGCUCCCCGCCGUCAAACGCUAACGGCGCCGCCGACAUGGUCGAUCAAGCUGUGGCGAUGGCAUUCGGACAGAACAGGACAACGAACUAUGUUCGCAUACAGGCAAACGGGUUGAAACCCGGUAAGACAAAGGAAGCGAAGGUGGCGGCGGCGAUUGAGGCGUUGAAGGAGCGGAACAUGGUGUCAGUGUUGUUCCGCGGGAGCAAGUUAUCGGCGGAGAGCAACGCCGAGAAGCUAGAGAUGUUCGCCGGCGAGCUGAUCGGAGAGCAGGAGCGGCGGAAACGGAGCAAAUCACCGACGGUGGUCAUAAAGCAGGCAAUGACGCCGAGGACUUCAUCGGCGACGACGACGUCCACCACCGCCACCUCUUGCUCAUCCUCCAUGAUGACGUCAUCUUCUCUUUAAUGACGUCAUUAUUAUUAAUUGUCUUUUUUUAAAAAAAUUUGAUUUUUAAUUUUUAAAUAUUUUUUUUUUUGGGAAAGAAGAGCUCGCCCCGCCUGAGACAAAUGAACGGUCAGGAUGCAGUGAGGAGAGCCAUGAUUGAUGGUCAAGAUUGGCGUGUGGACCAUGAGUGUGUUGAGAGACUUGAGAUUGUGUAUAAAGA